AUGCUGAAAGAUUGGUCUGAAGGGAGCAUUACAUCACCAUUUGCUAAUAAUACUUUUAUAUCACUUGAUACAGAAUUGCAGGCAUACCAAUGGUCAUUAACAAUUAAUCGAAGUCAAAUCUUAAAUUGGUUUAACACCUACUAUAUUGUACCAUCUUCUUCUGCAACUCUUGCAACAUCAAAUUGGUUGGAACAGUAUCAGUUAGGCCAAUGGCAAUCAUUUGAAGAGUUCGUUGUUUGGCAAAAAUGA